GGUUAUCUGCAGAGAUUGGAGAAUUCAGUAUCGACACUGGACAAAGGGACAAAAGAAAAAUGGAAAGGGUGAUGGCAAACCUGUUGGUUCUUGGUCCUGCAGGAGUAGGAAAAUCAUCUUUUAUCAAUUCAGUGUUGAGCAUUUCCUCAGGGAUACUUAAAAGCAAUGCAUACACCGCUAGUCAUGCCACCGGAACAGUAACCACUAGAUUAUCUAGUUUUCGCGGAAAAGGUGGGCUUGAUAAUGUACAGCUGCAUGACAUACCUGGUCUGCUAGAACGAGUUAACUAUGGUUUUAACCUAGGGAACCUUAUCCACCUGAUCGACGGUCAUGUAAAAGUUGGUUAUAAGUUCAACCCGAAAGAAAGCAUAACUGAGUCAGAUCCAUACUUUCGCAAUGAAAGCAUAGAUAGAAUUAACUGCGCAGUCUUCGUUAUGGAUGCAACUGGAUUGGACAAUCUAUCCAACUUGUAUAAAACAAAAAUUCAAGAUAUACAGCAAGUUCUCAUUGAAAAAGGUAUAAUAGAAUGCCAAUAUUAAUUCACCCCUAUUGGAUAUACGAUUGUAUUGGGUGUACAAUAAACAGACUUAAGAUUAUGGUUAGUUUUAACAUAGUUUAUUUUUUAUAUUCAAUGCAUGCGUGCACUCAAUGCAGGAGAACCUAUAACAAAACGAUUUUUAUUGAAUAAUCAAAGUGCAAAAGUGUAAUACGAAAGACCAGUGGUGAAUUCGAACUUCAUAACAAACAGCAGAAGUUCGUCAUUUUAUUUAUAUGAUCUUAUUUUGACUUGGUCAUAAGAUUUGGGAAGGUCGCUUAACUUUCAAAACAUAUGAAGAUACUAAACAGAUGUCAUGCAUCUACUAAAUCGAUAAAUGAAGAUAAAGAUUCGAGAAAAAAGAAAUCUCUACUAAAACACCAUCGGCUUUGUGAACAGUUUAUUUGUUUGUUUUGGGUUUAACGCCGUUUUACAACAGUAUUUCAGUCAUGUAAAGGCGGGCAGUUAACCUAACCAGUGUUCCUGGAUUCUGUACCAGUACAAACCUGUUCUACGCAAGUAACUGCCAACUUCCCCACAUGAAUCAGAGGACUAAUGAUAUCAGACACAAUGUCGUUUAUCAAAUAGUCACGGAGAACACACGCCCCGCCCGAGGAUCGAACUCACGACCCCACGAUCCGGAGACCAACGCUCUUACCUACUGAGCUAAGUUAAUCGGAUUAAUAUUAUAUCAUUCUUGCAUACCAGACGGGGAUUUCUGGUAUCUUUACCGGUGCUGGAAAAUUCCAUCUUACACCCCAGGGUGUAAGAUGACUCUCGUGCUGUAAAUGACGUAUAACGAACUACAUAUAUGUAGAAGAUUUAUGUAGUAAUUUAUAUUUUAUUUUAAAAACGGAAUAAAAAUUCAAUACCUUGACAGUUCCUAUUGGUUCCUGAUAGUAUAUUUCUCGAUUCAAAUCACGUUAUUUUAUCAAAAAUUCAUAACGUU